AUAAAUACCAUCAAAAGCAGCGCUAUCUCCAAUCAAUAUCCUACGACAACCAACCCAAAAUGUCACUCAUAGAACUCAGAGACUUCAAGAUCGCCUUGCCUGGCCUUCCUAACGACAGACUUUACAGUUUGAAGAAGGAGGUAUUGAAUUCCAUCAACAAGCUAAACAACUCCAACAGCUUGAUGGAGGCGGAAAUCAAGAAAUUGAGUAGUAAACUCAAUAGCACUUCAGACAACCAGUUGGACAAUGACUUGAGCCCUUUGGACGAUGAGGAUGACGAUGUCAAGGUCAUCAAGGACGACAUCAGGUUGUAUAAAGAGAGCAUUUCUGAGAACAAAAUUGUGUUAAAGAAUAACCAAAAGAGAAUCGACUACUUGCAUGCUGAAAUCUCCAACAGAAAUCUACAAAUUGAGUGAUACCUCAAAAGAAUAGAUCUCAAAAGCCAAAUAAACAAAUAUAUUUACUUUAGAGUGUAAUCUAGGAGAUUUUUAAAUAUUCUAUAUAAUCAUCACCAGUUACAACGAUUGCAAAUCAUGUUAAUUUUCUUUUUUUAUUUCCACAAUCAAUCUCUUCAUUUUCAUGCUUAAUUUUAUUAUUACUAGUAUUAGUGUUCUCACUAUCAUUUGUAUCUAUAUUCUUAAAGUCCUCAAUUAAUUUUUCAAGUUUAUCG